AUGCGUUGCCGUGGCGGAGCCUUGCGGGGCGGGUGGCCUAAAAAAGAAAUGCAGAAGAAUGUGUGCUUCUCAGUGGGUGGUGCGGUGGCCGCAGAGUGGGGCUGCUGCUUCUGCUCUUGCAGCGGGGAAUAUGCUGCCGCACUCUUUUUGUUGGCUGCGUCGGGGGCAAAUGUGCUGGCGUCUGACAAUCUGCGGGUUCCACCGCCACGACGACUGAAGGAGGCGGAGGUGUCUGCGGCUGCCUUCGCAGGCUGCGCCCCGUGCGGUCCAGUCGUGUGGCAAACAGUUUACAUCGCG